AUGAUGGCUCAUCCUUUUUUUUCUUCCGCCCUCUCCUCUUCCCCACCCCUUCACCGCACUACACUGCACCCGACCGCUCUCCCAACAGUGCAAAAGAUUCUUGAAGAAACGAGGAAGGCGGACAGCGAGGUGGAAGUGUUUCCUGACGGCAGGUGGAGAAGGGUGGAGAGCGGUGAUUGGGAGGACGGUAACUGCUCCGAGUCAGACGAGGAGGGCGGUGAGUCAAACGAGGAGGGCGAGUCAAACGAGGAGGGCGAGUCAAACGAGGAGGGCGAGUCAAACGAGGAGGGGGGCGAGUCAAACGAGGAGGAGGGCGAGUCAAACGAGGAGGGCGAGUCAGGCGAGGAGGAGGGCGAGUCAAACGAGGAGGGCGAGUCAAACGAGGAGGGGGAGUCAAACGAGGAGGGGGAGUCAAACGAGGAGGGCGAGUCAAACGAGGAGGGCGAUUCAAAUGAGGAGGGCGAGUCAAACGAGGAGGGCGAGUCAAACGAGGAGGGCGAGUCAGACGAGGAGGGCGAGUCAAACGAGGAGGGCGAGUCAGACGAGUCAGACGAGGAUGGCGAGUCAGACGAGGAGGGCGAGUCAGACGAGGAGGGCGAGUCAGACGAGGAGAUGAUGCAGCUGAUUUUGUUGCAGAGGUUAAAGGACGAGAAGCGGAAACUUGAGAAGGGGAGAGAGGAGGAGAAGAGGAGAGAGGAGUGGAAGCAACAGAGGAGAGAGGAGGAAGAGAGGAAGGAUGAGGAGGAGAGGAGAGAGGAGGAGAGGAGAGAGGACGAGGAGAGGAGAGAGGAGGAGGAGAGGGGAGAGAAGGAGAAGAGGAGGAGGACGAGGAGACGAGGGGGUUGGAGCGAAGGGCCGAGGGAGAUAGAGUGGGAUUGA